UCAAGACUGAAAACAGUUUCUGGCCAGUAAUUAAAGAAUGCUUUGGCAAUCAGUCUUCUAAGGAUUGUUGACUGUAGUCAGCAGUUGACCCCAGAUGUUUAUUAGGUAAUUUAGUCAGUGACACAGGUCACAGCAUACAGUAUUACUUAUCCAUUUGCCUCAAAAAAGUCUUCACUGGAGCAUUUGUGUUUUACAGACUGGUAUUGUUUACAUGGAUUUCGUGGAUGCAUCAGUCAUGCAAAUAAAAUUCCUAUCUCUUUGUCUUCAAACAUGAAAUCAACAAAUUCAUAUGCCAUUAGAAUAGCUGAGUUGGUCAAAACCCUAAAAUUAAAUAGUUUCACAGUAUACCAAAGUAUACUUCUAGCAAAGAAAAAAAAAAGUAACUGUUUGAUUUUAUCAUUGACAGAGGUGAUAGUUGGAGUGAACAAACAUAGACUGAAGGAGGCAGAGAUGGUUGAUGUGUUGUGUAUAGACAAUGCCGAGGUCCGGGAGAAACAGAUCGCUAGACUGAAAAAUACAAAGGCUAAUAGAGAUCCGGCUAAGGCUGAUGAAUGUCUGUCCAAUAUAACUAAAGCAUGUGAAAGUAAUGAUGGGAACUUACUAGAACUGUCUAUAAAUGCUGCCCGGCAUAGAUGUACUGUAGGCGAGAUAACUGAUGCUAUGGAGAAGGUAUAUGGUCGACAUGUGGCCAGUGAUCGAAUGGUCAGUGGGGCAUAUAAAACUGAAUAUGGUGCUGAAGAUGAAAUAUCGAAAAUUAUCAAGAGAGUUGAGCGAUUUCAAGAAAAUGAAGGAAGAAGGCCUCGUAUUCUGGUAGCAAAAGUAGGUCAGGAUGGACAUGAUCGUGGAGGCAAAGUUAUUGCCACUGGCUUUGCUGAUAUGGGAUUUGAUGUCGAUAUUGGACCUUUGUUUGCUACACCACGUGAGGCGGCACAACAGGCUGUGGAUGCUGAUGUACAUGUAGUUGGUGUAAGCUCACUGGCAGCAGGACAUAAAACUCUUAUACCAGAACUUAUUAAAGAACUCAGGGACAUGGGAAAACCAGAGAUUUUAGUGGUAGCUGGUGGAGUUAUCCCCCCUCAGGAUUAUGAUUACCUGUAUGAUAUUGGUGUUGCUGCUGUGUUUGGUCCAGGAACAAGGAUCCCAGAUGCUGCUGAAAUGGUUGUUGACCUCCUGGAGUGUAAAGGGCCAAAUAAAAGACAGUCAGCAGCAUAAAAUACCAUUAGAUAAUAAUGAUUACCUCCUUAGAACAUGUUGGAAAUAGUAAAAUACUCGCGAAAUGUAGAUGACAGCUUCCUAGGCAAAUGAUAGAAAAGAUGUAGGAGUCAUGAUACAUACAAAAUGGUUUCUUUAACUGAUGACACAUUGAAGCAUGUAGCAGCCCCCAACCAGUUGGUCAGUUUUGGAGAUGAUAAACCAACAUAGAGAUUAUGUUUCAGCUAGUGAUUUGUUAAAAUAUUAAGAGAUAAAUAGACUGCUGCUGUGUGCUCUCUGGCCAUAAUGGAAUACAUAGUGCAGGGAUGGCCCUAGUGCCAUUCUGAAAAUAGGUAUGGCAUUAUAGCCACGUUUAUUUACCUUGUAGAGUUAUAUAAUAUUUUUGUACCAGCGUCAGAAGUGCAGACAGACGUUAAAAACAGAAGUAUACCAGCGGUGUUCUUUAGCACACUGAGCAGGGCCUUUGUAUUUAUGUAAUUUUAAUGUGAAUGUGUUGCUAUUUAUGCUAAUGUCUCUGAAUUAAAGCUCUUAUCUUUGUUAUAUGUGGAAUUUUGUAUGAAUCAUGCUCCAGUGGCUUUAUAGUGAAACUGUUGGCAAUAUUUCCCACUGAUUGUCCCUUGUCAAGGUAGAUUUGUUGUUUUGAUCAUCAAACUGGAAUAAGCUGUGUUAGUUAUUUACUUUUUUUGCCAUAUUUCUGAAUGUUGAAUAAAAUUCAUCAUUAUAUUUCACUAAAAAAGCAUGAACCUUUUGUUCUGAAUUUUAGAUGAGGUUUACUUGUAUAAUCUAACGCACUGUUAGAGUCUUAGAGUAUGUCACAAAGUGGCUGAAAGCAGAGUCUGUUUUAGUGAUCAAAGCAUGAUAAAACCUUAAGGUAGUGGACUGGUUAGCAAGCAGUUUUGUAUUCUCUUCUUAUUUCAGUUAUUUCAGUAUUCUACUGCAGUAAAUGUACCAGCAAUGGUUUCUGUUGAAACCAGGAAAAAGCCAAAAUAAUGUAUGGGGCAAACGUAAAUUUCUGAAAUAAUAAUUAAGGUACAGAGAGGAUAUAAAAUGCCAAAAUUACUUAUUGACAAAAUAUAAAUUGCCCAAAUAAUGUACAGUGAAAAUAUAAAAUGUCAAAAUCACAUUGUAGAAAUGGUAAAAAGCUGUAUGGAAAAACAUUAAAUGCCGAAAUAGUAUACAGAGAAAGCAUAAAAUGCUAAAAUCACAUAUGGAGAAAAUGGCAUUACAUGUCCACUACCUCAAGUGUUCAGUAUCAGUUAUUAUAUGUAAAAAUAUUUAGCAAUACGGGUUGAACAAGUAUGUUAUAUUUUAUAGUGUACUCUGAACAGAUGAUCUGUAAUGAGCUUUUGCUGUAUAAAAAGCUUGUUUUCGUAUAAUAUGUUUAAGACAGUAAUGUACAUGUAAUGUUUUAUGCAGACUGCAUUUUGUGCAUUGUUGUCAUAAUGCCUGAUGGUAAAACAUGGACUGAUAAGUCCUAUUGUUUGUCAGCCUCUUACUAAGACCUUUGUUGGUAUAGUAACUUUAUUUUUCAGUGACUACUUCUGCUAAUACGAACAUUGUCAUUCAUUGUACAAGUUAAUUUUUAGAAAUUUACUUGUUUCAUAUAACAGUAAUAUUCCAUAGAGAUUAUCCUUGUUAGCUCAGUGUAGUUAUGUCAGUAAUUUAUUGUUUUAUUAAAUAAAUUUUUAAAAUAUG